AUGAUAGAGGCAUUUGGUCCUCAACCACCACAUAAAUGGUUAACUCUACCAGAUAUGGGUUACGUGAUAGCAAAUCAUUAUAAUGUUGUACUUGUCUGUUUAGGAUUUGAAUGUUGUACUUUCUUCCCUAUGAUAACUUCAUUUUCACCAAAUGCAUCAUUUUACUGCAUUGCUUUUGUAAACACAAAUCAUUGGGUUCAGGUAAACAUGAAAGAAGGGUUUCCAUUGCCACCCGUGACAGUAUAUUGGAAGAAGUUCCACUCUCCAGCAACAACAUCUUGGAUGCUAGGAUUUGCAGGACGUCUACAAUAUUGGCAACAACUUACGCUUAUAUUACCAACGCAUUAUGAAUUAUAA